AUAUAGCUGCCACCCACUUGUAAUAAUUUGAGUAUAUAAACCUUGAGCUUUAGAAAAGUUCUGAAAAACACAUGGCUUCCACAUUGGAAAUGCAACCAUCUCCUUAUAGUUCAAUGAAACAAGAUGAUUCAGAGUUCAAUAUAACAGAAUGGGGUGUGAAAAGUAGAAUCAUAAGUAGAGAGAAUACAAAAUCAAGAAGAUAUUCAGCAUCAAUUAUUAGAAGUAUUAGAGAAGAUUCAAAGUCUUUUAGAUCAAAUAUAACCAUUUCUAGCACUGCUUCUUCUCCUGGAUAUACAUUAAAAGAUGAAAUUGACCCUUCAACCUAUUCUUUUACUACUGCUCUUAAAGCAUUGCAAGCAAGAUCAGUUUAUAAAAGUUGGGAAUGCUUAUCACCAGAUGGAUUUGCAUUAAAUUCCAAAUGGAAUGAAGCAGAGAAGUAUAUAUGCAAUCCUCUUUCAGGGGAAGUACCAAUGGAAUGUUUAUCUGCAAAAACUCUUAGUGGAAGAUUAUUUCAAAACUCAACAACAAAUAAAAUCACCAUGUCAGCUCCUUUAGUCUUUUCAUCAAGACAAAUUCAAACAAAGGCAAUGGCUUCAACUUAUAGUUUCACAAAAGAAGAUGUAGCUCUUCAAUUUCAUAGUCCAGAAAAGAAAAAUGACGGAAUGACAAGAGAUGCAUGUACUCAAAGUGGUACACUUCCUUCUAUUAGUUCAAGUAAUCCAAGCACUAAUUUAACUCCAUCCAUUGUAGAGAUAUCAACAAAUGAAGACUCUCAAAAUUCAGAUGAUAAUCAAACUAAAUCUGAGGAAGAGGUGGAAUUGAAGGACAAAGAAACAUGGGAAACAAUAGAAGAAACAUUGAAAGAGAAGAAAGAUGAACAACUUUGCAGACAAGGUGGUUGCUUUUCAUGGAUAAGGAAGAAAAAGAUGAAAGGGAAAGAAAACCAAAGAAGGAAUAAUAUCAUAUUUCUAAUUAAUAAUGUUUGCUAAAAAAACCAAAAAAUUAUAUGUAUAUUAAUUUUUAUUUUUUUUUAAAUGGCUACUAUAGGAUGCUAGAGAGAGGGGAAUCCCUUUAUUUUUAAUGCUUUCUUCAGCAAUUUUGCAGUGCAUUAAUUGUUACUUGAAAUAGAAAAUGUAGACCAAUUGCAAGUGUGUGUAGAGUAUAAUGUAUAUAUACCUCAUGUGGUACAUUUUUAUGUUCA